AUGACCGCUUGUGGCACUGACUACUUGACUGAGACCACCCUGAGCAAGAGCUUCCUGUGGGUGUACUCCGUCUGGGUGUACAUCUUCCCUCUCUUCUACAUCUACAGCUACACCUUCAUCGUCAAGACUGUUUCUGCUCACGAAAAGGGAAUGCGCGAACAGGCCAAGAAGAUGGGAGUCAAGUCCUUGAGGAGUGAGGAAACCCAGAAGACCUCUGCUGAGUGCCGUCUGUGCAAGGUUGGUCUCAUGACCGUCACUCUGUGGUUCAUGGCCUGGACCCCCUACUUCAUCAUCAACUGGGGAGGCAUGAUCAACAAGCCCAUGGUUACUCCUAUUUUCUCCAUCUGGGGCUCUGUCUUCGCUAAGGCCAACGCUAUCUACAACCCCAUCGUGUACGCCAUCAGCCACCCCAAGUACCGAGCUGCCCUUGAAAAGAAGCUGCCCCUCCUUGCUUGCGCUACUGAGGGCCGAGAGGAAGAAAUCACUGAAGAUCAAAACAAGAUUACAGAAGAGGAUGAGUUCCUGGACCUUUGGAGUGAUAAAUAUGUUUUACUCGUCAGGUACUCGCUAAGACAGCCAGCUGUGGGCAAAGUAGUUCUGAAAGGAAAUUUCUUUGCCACACUCGCAUCAGCAACCUACCUUAGAAGUAAGUUAUCAGCCAAGAUUUAA